AUGGCAUCUCCCAGCCAGGUCAUCGUCGUCGGAGGCGGUCUCGCCGGUUUCUCUGCCGCUAACACGGUAUUGGAGAACGGUGGCAACGUUCUUUUGAUCGAUAAAUCUGCCUUCUGUGGCGGUAACUCUUCCAAGGCUACCUCUGGUAUCAACGGUUCUUGCACUAGAACUCAGAAGAAGCUCGGUGUUGAGGAUUCCAACGAGCUCUUCGAGUCUGAUUGCAUGAAGGGUGGCUCCAAGAGCCCCGAGCUCAUCAAGACUAUGGUCGAGCAUUCUGGUAACUCGGUCAACUGGUUGAUGGAUAACUUCGAUCUCGAUUUGUCCCUCCUCGCUCGUUUGGGUGGCCACUCUGCCGAGCGUACCCAUCGUGGUAAGGAGCGUUUCCCCGGUAUGACCAUCACUUACGCCCAGAUUCAGAUGGCGGAGGCUAUUUCCAAGGCCCAGCCCAGCAGAUGCCAAAUCAUCAACAAGGCUCGCGCCACUGACCUCAUCAAGAAUGAGAAGGGUGAGGUUGUUGGUGUCGAGUACACCACUAAGGAUGGCCAGACCCAUAAGGUCUAUGGCCCUGUUAUCCUCGCUACUGGUGGUUUCGGUGCUGAUUUCUCCAAGGACGGUCUUCUCGCCAAGUACCGCCCCGAUCUCCUCAAGCUCUCUACCACCAAUGGUGAGCACUGCACUGGUGAUGGAAUCAAGAUGGGUAUGGCCGCCGGUGCCGACACUGUCGAUCUCGAGUGGGUACAGGUCCAUCCUACUGGUCUUGUUAACCCUAAGGAUCCCGACUGCAAGGUCAAGUUCCUCGCUGCUGAGGCUCUCCGUGGUGUUGGUGGUCUUCUCCUCGAUGCCGAUGGAAAGCGUUUCUCCAAUGAGCUCGGCCGUCGUGAUUACGUCUCCAACAGGAUGUUCGCCAACAAGGGACCUUUCCGCCUCGUCCUCAACUCCGCCGCUGCCAACGAUAUUCACUGGCAUGUCGAGCAUUACGAGGGCCGUGGUGCCUCUGCUGCGUCGGCCCCUGCCGCUGCCACUCCUGUCGCUGCCCCCGCUGCUGCUCCCGCUGCUGCUACCAAUGGUUACACUUUGGAAGAGGUUGCCAAGCACAACACUGAGAGUGAUUGCUGGGUUGUUCUCAACGGACAGGUUUUGGACGUGACUGAUUUCCUUCCCGAGCAUCCUGGUGGAAAGCUCGCUAUCAUGACUUUCGCCGGCAAGGACGCUUCAAAGGAGUUCAACAUGAUCCAUCCCGCUGAUGUUGUCGAGAAGUAUGUGCCCGAGUCUAUUCUCGGACCUGUUGUUGAAGCCUCUGCUGCUGCCGCCGCCGCCACUGCCGCUCCGGUCGCCCCUGCUGCUGCUACUCCCGCCAACGGCAUCACCAUGGAGGAGGUCGCCAAGCAUACCAGCGAGACUGACUGUUGGGUGGUUGUCAAUGGCCAGGUCCUGGAUGUCACCAACUUCCUUCCUGAGCAUCCCGGUGGAAAGCUCGCUAUCAUGACUUUUGCCGGUAAAGACGCCUCCAAGGAGUUCAACAUGAUCCAUCCAGCUGAUGUUAUCGAGAAGUACGCCUCUGAUGCCGUCCUCGGACCUGUGGUUGAGGCUUCGGCUGUUGCCCCUGCUGGUGCCUCCAACAACUUGGCUCAGCCUCUUCUCAGUGACUAUUCUGCCAAGGCUGUUCCUGCCCAAUGGUGGGGUGAGGAGCGCAACACCUGCGACUUGCAUGGCCCUCUUGGACCCUCUGUCUGGUCGUACUGUGCUGCUCUCUGCUACUUCAUCUGGAUGUUCGUGAUCGAGACUUUGAAGACCAUCUUCACUAUCAAGAACUGGAAGAACAUUUCCGAUAAGUCUGGAUUGACUCGUUCUGCUAUCUUCAUGAUGGUCUUCGUCACGAUCCAUGCUUUGGGUAACAUCCAUUUAUUCUUCGGAGCUAUCCACUUCAAUGCUUACGCCUACUUCCUCAACCACCCUUGCCCCUGGAGCACUCUUCUCCUCCCUGUGGAGAUCUAUCUUCUUGCCUGUGGUCUCUUGCAUGUUACUGUCGCUACCGUCCGUACCUUCAAGUUCAAGAGUAUGAACAGCAGCAUCGAUCAACUUUGGUUGUUCUUGACUGGCUGCGUUCUCUUCGUGUUCCUGGUUGUCCAUCUCAUCCAGUUCCGCUUCGUUAGCGAAGCCGCGGCUCCUCAGUACUACUUCCGCACCAAGUGGAUGUAUCCCUUCUACUGCAGCGGUGACGAUACCUCUUGCGAGCUUGUCCACUUCAAGGAUCUUUACAAGAUGGAGAUGAAGUACUUCGAGAGCUUCGGCUGGGUUCUCUUCUAUGAGGCCGGCGUUAUCGCCUUCUGGUCCCAUAUGAAGGAGGGUAUUCGCAAGGUCAUCGCUGCCUACGCGGGCAUUCCUCGCAAGUACAAGUCUCAGGCUCAGUUCUUCGGUCAGCUCAUGGCCUGGGUACUCGGUCUUCUCUACUUCUCCUACCCCUUGUUCAGCUACUUCGCUCCCAUCAAGGAUUGGGCCAAGUACGAUGCUGCUAUGCCCACUCCCGUGGAGAUGUAAAUGAUGUUACUGGGCUGCUCCUGUGGUGAGGCUAUUUGCCUCUGAUAUUUUUCUAGUCGUUGACUCGGCUAAUGUUUUCUUUGUGUAUGAUUGGCGGUUCGAUAAUCGUCUACUAUUUAAGUUGCUUUGGUUGUUCAGCCAGCUCCCGGUUCCCGAUCAUUAUGUCACGGUAUACUCUCAAUCCAAUUGUGAAUUCCGCCGUGGCGUAUUAGGGCGGACCCGUC